AUGAAGGUUUUCGUUUGUGUCUUGGCAGUUUUGGUGGCAACAUGCUCGGCCGGUUUUAUUGGCGGCGGUGGUUUUGGAGGUUCAUCAGGUGGCGGUAGCUCAUAUGCCUCCAAUGGUGGCUACAGUUACGACGGUGGUCAUGGAGGACAUGGUUCCGCUGGUGGUGUGGUCAAAACUAUCCAAGUAAUCCAUGGAAAUGGCGGUUCAGUGGGUGGUGGUCAUGGUGGUUAUUCCGUAGGUGGUGGUGCUGGUGGCUAUUCAGGUGCUGGUGGUCAUGAAGAGGUUAAGACUAUCAAGGUCAUUCAUGAACAACAACAAUCUGGCGGUCAUGGUGAUUUCUCUGGUCAUUCCGACUUCUCCGGACCCAGUUACGGCGGUCAACAAGAAGUGAGAACUAUCAAGGUUAUUCAUGAACAACAACAACAGCAAUCUGGCGGUCAUGGUGGCUUCUCGGGUCACAGCCAUGGUGGUCAACAAGAAGUAAGAACUAUCAAGGUUAUUCAUGAACAACAACAAGCUUCUGCUCCAGCCCCUGGUGGUUAUGGCGGUCAUGGCCAUGCUGAAGAAGUAAAAACCAUUAAGGUUAUCCACGAACAACAACAACCACAACAACAUGUCAGUUUCCCUGCCCCUGCUCCAGAAUAUCAUGAUCAUGCUCCCGUUGAAGAAGUUAAAACUAUUAAGGUCAUCCACGAACAGCAACAACAACAACAAGCUGAACAAUAUUAUCCAGCCCCCGAACAUGGUCAUGAUCAUGGUCACGAAGAAGUCAAAACCAUUAAAGUAAUCCACGAACAACAACAAGCUCAGCAACAGUAUCCUGCACCUGAACAUGGCGGCUAUGCUGAUGCUGGUGUUCAAGAAGUUGUUAAAACCAUUAAAGUUAUUCAUGAACAACAACCCGCUGCUGGCGGUCAUGGUGAUUACUCUGCUGGGGGUCACAGCGCUCCUGCUCAACAAGUUAAAACCAUCAAAGUUAUUCAUGAGCAAUCCUCUGCUGGCGGUAGUUUUUCUGAUUCUGGCUUUUCUGCUGGCGGUUACUCUUCUGGUGGUUACUCUUCUGGCGGUUAUGCUGAUGCUGGUUCAUCUGCUGGUGCCGGUUUCGAUGAUACUUUCGAAACACUCAAAUCCUUGAAGGUCAUUGGUGCCUUAAGCCCUAACGGUGGUGCUCCAGGUGCUGGUGGUGCCAGUUACGGUGGCAGCUUUGGUGGCAGUUAUGGUGGUGGUGCUCCCUCAAACUCUUACUUGCCUCCCUCAGGAGGUUGGCAAUAAGUUGACCCUCAUCUAUACACUCACCUCAAAUACAUCAUGUAUAGUUAGGAAAAUAGCGAAACAAACAUAGCAUCCACUCAUCCCAUGCCUACACACAUCCAUCCCAUUGCAUUAUAAAUAGACAUCAGUUUGUUUGGAUUGUUUGUCAAGCAUGAUUGUGCCAAAAUCUGUUAUUAGUUUUUUAAGUAGUCUCUUUUUUAGUUAUAUAAGCCAUAGUAGAUUCAUUAACUGUUACAUCAAAUGAUUCAGUGUAAACACACACACCAAAUUCAUAAAUAAAUUUAGAUAAAUAAAUAAAAAAUAUAAAAAACAAAAA